AGGAAGGAGGCCCUUGGCUCAAGACAUGAGGGGUGUGUGCGUAAGCUCCCGGUGGGCGGCUUCGACGGCCUUCCGGCUUCCGCGGAAGACUGUCGCGCCAGGUGUCAGCCCCGUCAGCCCCGUCAGCCCCGCGGCGCCGGCUUCGGCCGGCGCCCAACGCUUCGGCGUUGGCGCGGCUCCAGCGAGGAACGAUGGGCCCCCUUUGGCGGAAGGCCAGGCCAAGAUGAAGAUCGGCAAGUACCAGGGCAAAACCUUUGCGGAUAUUUACCAGGAGGACCCGCAGUACUGCAGGUGGGCCUGUGACGUGGCUCUGAAGGGCAACUCGAGUGAUGCCAUGAAGAUCUUUGCCGCGUACGUGCAGCACAGGUGGCUGCUUGCGCUCAACAACCUGCUGAAGCAUGCCCAGCCCAACAGCCUGACGGGCCACAGCCUCGCCACCACUGGCGAGAACGAUGAGCUUAUGCGAUCAGUGAUCGAGAGCUACAUCCGCAUCCUCGGCGGCAACGUGUCGCGACGUCUCUCAGACGCCACUGCCUUGGUGACAUUGGGUCCCAGGAUUUUUGAUGGGAGGCCCGUCAAGGAGAGCCCAAAGAUGAAGGAGGCCGCCAGCUCGGGGCUUCCGGUGCUGAGCCUCGAGGAUUUGCAGGACUUGGCCAAGGCUGGCGCCCCCACUGAGCGAGCAACUCGACAAAAGUUUGCCUGAAAGGGGCGACAGAAAUUCGGUGCAGC